UUGAAUUUAUUUCUGCAAUCUUGAAUUGUCACGUUCUACAGUUCUAGCAAACUUGUAGAUUAUAUCUUAAAAAUGGGUACAAAUGAAGACUGUAGCAAUGAAUGGAUAUAUAUGUUGCCGAAAGAUUGUGUGAUGAAUAAGCUGGAAGGAGGGAUCAAGUCUGAGAAUCUAAAUGUAGAUUCAACAUCGCUGUCUGUGCUUACCUUGAAACAUCCAUGUACAGGAGAGCCUUCAAAAUUCCUGUUUAAUGACAAACUGAAGCAGUUGUAUGAAAUAAAUUCACACAGAGAUAAGUAUGGAUCCUGGUUUGUUGAUGCCAAAGUUCAGCAGGAUGGUUCUUUAUUCGUUGCAACAAUAAUUGACCCACUUUAUAUUGUUCUUCCUUAUUUGAAUAACAGUGGUCAGGCAGAAAAAUAUGUAAUUUUAGAUCAGAUUUUAAAAGAUGAAAAAUAUUCAGAUUGUAACAAAUUUGUUAAGAUAUUAUCAAAAUCACAAAUGGAAAAUGUUGCAGAAGUCUCUGGAACUGGUGAUUUUGUAGGAUUCAAAUACAGCCAGGAAAAAACAUUGGAAUGGCUGAGUAAAAAAGUCAAAAAUACAGUAAAUGCUGUCACUUCUUCUGGUAUUUUUAUAGCGGAUAAUUGUGAUGAUAAAGAAAAUGAAGAUGAAAUUCAACUAGAAUAUGCUUUUCGAUUUGUUGAAAGCUAUCUUAAUGAAGAUAUUGCGAGUCUUCUACAGAAACAUUUAAAUAUAAGAAAACGUGCAGAAAAGCGACAUUCUAUGGAGCACGGGAAUCAGCUCACUGCAAAAAAAAUCAAAAACGAGAAAGAAAGUCAUGGAGAAGCUAAAAAUAAAAAGGCAAAAGUGUCAAAAGCACAAAGAGACUUGAAUAAAGUAAACAAAAAGGGAAUGAAAAGCAUUUCAAGUUUUUUUUCUCCAUCGAGUAAAAAAUAGGAGAUAUUAUAGAAAUUAUGAUUUGAAUGUAAAGUGUAUUUUUAACAGAAUGAGCAUUUUUGCUAUUUCCUACCGCUUUGUUGCUGUCUCGCAAUGCCAUCAACUGCCAACAUGUACUUUCCUAUGUUUAAUAUAAGUGCUCACGAUUUUGCUUAAUCUUCACAAAGAUAUUAUUUUGCAAAGUUUUCAGAUACUCGUUUGUUUGCUAUCAAUCUAAAGCUGCAUUUGACAUGAAUGUUAAAGCAGAUUAGCAAUGAUUGUAUGUUUUCUCUAUUUUCAUUUAAUAAUAAACUAAUGGUAACGAUCAAGGUUUCAAUGUUACAUUCUUUAUAAUUUUUUUCAUAUUUACCAUAAAUUUGAAUUGAAGUAGGGAUAUUAUAAUUUCUGCUGCUCAGCUAUAUUUGAUGAUGACAAAUUGUUAUCGAAUUUUGGUGAACAUUCUUCGGUAUCCAUUGUACCUAAGACAAAUCAUUAUCUUAAGUUACUCAACAGUAAAAUAUUUCAAUAAGCAUCGUGAAAAUGAAGUACCGGUAAAGAAAUACUAUUUUUUAGCCAUUAGGAUUUCCAUGUUGAAAGCUUUUUGAUUAUUUUCACUUUAUUUUGUAUGGUAGACUGGAAAUUGUUGACAUGCUGCUUUAUACAAAGUUUCAAUGUUCCUCAUUUUUUUCAUUAAAAAUGUUCUAAAUUACUUUUGUAUUCAAUUUUUAAUGAAUAG